UAUAUAGAAUUUUAAUAUAAAGUUUUCCGAACGCUGAGCGCCGUUUUUACACUCUAGUCAAAAGUUUGAUGUCGAUUUAGAUGCAAGUGUUAAUUUGUCGGUUUAUUGAAUUGACUGAGAAGGUGUGUAAGAUGAUUGUGGUUGUCAGUCGAUAAUAGACGCUUCGUUCAUCCUUGGAGAAUUUACGUGUCGAUAAAUAGCGACAGUCACUUAGCAAAGUAACUAAAGUUGACUUGCGUGACAUGUUUUCAUUGGAUUUCGUCUUUUACCGCAACUACUGAAAGAAACAUUUAGAAAUGUCCGCACAGGUUAAUAUAUUUGUAGUAAUGCAGUCAAAUGUGUUUCCCACGAAAAAGAAUUCGUUGCGGUUGAUUACAUUGAGUAGAGAGGGCAGUACAUGAGUGUAUACAUAAUUUAUUUUCAAUGACCAUUUACAGGAGCCCACGGCAGCGAUUAGACGGUCGCGGUUGCCCGCACCCCAAAUUAACUGAUAUAUUGCAAAGCAUAAUGGCGGGGUGUGUGGAAAACCAAGCAGAUUUUAAAAGUGUUCCAGCAAAGGCCAACUCGAUCUACGAGAAAACACCGAACAAGUGCACAGAUAAGACAGCACAUGAUAAAAACGGUACUAAGAUGAACAGACGUGACGAGAUAUUUCAAGCGACCAUAGAUCACAACAUUAGAAGAAUUCAAAUCAGAUUAGGUUCGUUGGAUCAAAAACUCGUCAAAACUGAUCGAAACAUAUCACGCAAACGGUUAUGUGCCUCUGAGAAUGAGUCAGAAAAGUCCAAAUCAGGAAAUACCUUCAAUAAUGCUACUGGUUCAAACAAUGCAUCAGCUGUUGUUGUUGAUUCGCACAAAAUUAAUCCCGGUCAUGAUGGAAGAAAUUACUUUAAAAAGACAUCAGAAAAUACAACCACAGUCAAUUCGACGACUGCUAAUUAUUUAGUUGUAAGAAAUGCGGACGGAUCGACUUGUUAUAAACCUGUCUUGAUUUUACCAUAUGGUGUUCAAGUUACUCCCGACAGAAGAGGAAUUCCUGUUCGUAGAUUGGAGUCGGUGCCUUACCCACAAAUUGUUACAACAGAUAUUCGGAGUAGUUCUGACUAUAUUUCCCCAAUAGAACCUAGACCGGCAGACAGCAGGUUUUGCAUGGCCCAGCAGUCAGUCGUCCGUAACGUUCAGUACGCAAACGUGCAAGUAACGUCACGCAGUGCAUUGAAACGGAACGACUUAUCCAAUCAGGAACAAACACUAAGUUACCACUACCCGACCGGCCCUCCACGGAAGAUGUCGAAGAUGAAACGAGGAUCAUUGAGGCGCAAUUCCGUGAAAAGUAGGAAAACUCAGUACUCGAUGACGUCAUCAGUGAUGUCAGCGUUGCUAUGUUGGAAAUGCAUGGACUUGGAAGGCGAUGUCGAGGAUAGCGAAGAUUCGCAAGAAUCGGAAAGUGGAAGUGAUGACGGUGGUGACUCUGGUGGUGAUGACGCAGACGUUGAUGACAUAUUUAUUGAUGGUGGUGACGUCAGUGAUAUUGAUGAAAUCGAAUAUUCGAGUGGUGGAGGCGACUCUGAUGGCUCCAGUAUGUCGAAAACCAAUUCGUUAUACCAGGAGGACAUCAUGCAGAACGAAAUGCGGAAUCUUGCAAUGGAGGAUUGUGACGAAUAUGAUCAAAUAGCUGGCGAUCCCAACCUCACCAACUACGCUUGGUGGGAAGACAACUUUAGUGAUGGAGAUGAGGAGGAUCGGAGGGCGAGAGGUGAUGACGUAUAGACGACACACGAUAUUAUAGAUGAAUUCUAUGGGGAUUAUUCGAUCUUUCCUGAGUUGCAAGACCCCGAUGACGUCAUGGAAGCGAGGUUGCGGAGAGAAAUGGACAGAU